GAAAGAUGAAGAUUUUUUUUUCUCUGUCGUGUAAAACUUGUUGAUCUGAUAUCUUCUCUCUCUCUACAGCCGGAGAAAGAAAUUGUAUGAUCUGUUUGCAGAGGAGAGAGAAAGUGGGGCGGCGGCGAUGGUGUAAAAAGUUGAUUGUUUGGAGGGAAUUUAAUUUGUGGAAUUAAUCAAUCCGAUUUUCUGAAAUUGUAAAAGGUAAUUUUAAUGGAGGAUCAUCAGAGCAACAGCCACCCAUCUCCGGCGUCGUCCUCGUCGAGCUCGGCGGUGGUGAAGAGCUGCCGCCGCGGGGGGCGGCGGCACGCGGAGGAGGAGGACGCCGGAGAUCCGGUGGCGUGCACGGGCAAGUCGUGCCAGUCGUGCACGGCGGGGGUGAUCGCCGACUGCGUGGCGGUGUGCUGCUGCCCGUGCGCGGUGGUGAACAUCCUGGCGCUGGCGUUCGUGAAGCUGCCGUGGGCGGUGGCGCGUAAGUUCAUCGGGCGGCGGAGGGAGGAGAGGAAGAAGAAGAUGAAGAAGAGGAGGGACACGGGCGGAAUUUCGGAAAAGACGAGGGCAGAAGCGGGAACGGCGGAUAUUGUAAUGGCGUGCAGAGGGGCUGUGACGGUGGAAGAGGUAAAUGACCAUUUUAGUGCUGAGGAAGUCUGGUUUGAGCUGUACGAGGUUGGCCAUUUGGGUUUUGGUAGGGUUUCUUUCACCGGAAUUCCUUUCCAGAAUAAGGGCAAUUGAGUCAUUUCACUUUUACUUUUUUUUUUUUUUUCUUUUUUACAUUUUCUUCCUCGGCGAAACUUUUUUACCCUUUUUUGGCUUCAAAACGAAGGGUGAGUAUUUAUUGCCCAUUUUACCCUUUGGUUUUGUGAAGUUGGAUUGUGAAAAGAAUGUAUUUAAUGGUCAUUCAUUAGUGAAGAAAAAUUUGGAAUA